GACGCAACAAUACUAUAUCUUGCACUACGUCGAGGAAGCGUUAAAAAAUAAAAGAGAUAUAACCAAAACAUUUUUCUUCUUUUGGCGCUCGACGACGUUAACCCUCCAGAGUUUUCGAUAUAUAAAAACCCUAUAACGCCCAUCAAAAACCAUGGAAUUGGGCUUGAUUUCGGUCCUGGUCAAUUAUGAUGAAAACUGUCAAAAAGUGCAUGGCUAAUUAACUGUUACUUAUUCAGCUAAGCAAAACUUAAACACAUAACAAGUGACUGAGUUAAGGUUAUUUAAUGUUCACGUGACCAGAAAUGAAUCUUAUUUCUAAAGUCCUGGUUUUUUUCCUAUCCAUUAUAUGGCAACCUUAAUACUUAUAUUAUCCGUCACGUGGAUAAAGAAAAUGCACUGGCUUAGACCUCAGUUGAUACUGGUUUGAAUGAUUUCAAAAAAGUGAAAUAGAGAAAAUAUGAAUUAGUCUGUCAAUUAGCAAUUUUGUUCAUUGUUUGACCAAAAAUAAAAGAUGUGUUUAUUGUAGAGAGUAUGGGAGUAGUAAAAGUAGGAUUCAAGUUAAUUCUUGCCAAUGUACUUUUGAUGCUGUAUAUAGCCUAUGGGCCAGGGCUGCUUGACUUCCAACCUUUGAAGUACUUUGUGGAAUUACCAAGCAAGUUUGAAGAUGCUUUGAUCCCAAAUGAUCAUUUAAAUCAAGCUGAAAUCCUUUUCCAAGGAAAAAUUGCAGGACCAGAAUCACUUGCAGUGUAUGAAGGAGACAUAUACACUGGAACAAAUGAUGGAAGUAUUGUUAAAAUUUCCAAAGACAAGCUUACUGUUGUGACUAAAACUGGAAGUGAUUGUGAGCUGCAAACGAAAAGUUCAACCUGUGGGAGGCCUCUUGGGCUGAGAUUUGAUAAGAAAGGAAACUUGUAUGUUGCUGAUGCAUAUUGUGGGAUUUUGAUGGUCAAUUUAAGAUCAGGCUCUGUUGAAACACUUCUACCAUUGUCUACUGAAGUAGAAGGAAAAGCCAUAAUGCUACCAAAUGACUUGGAUAUAGAUGAAGAACAAGGAAUAAUUUACUUUACUGACACUAGUACUAAAUGGCCUUUUAAUAGGAUAUUCUAUGUUGCUUUUGAAUACAGCAGUAGUGGUCGAGUACUAUCAUUUAACCUUCACACAAAAGCAAUCAAAGUUGUUGCAGAUGGCUUGUAUUUCCCAAAUGGAGUUCAGCUUUCUCAUGAUAAAUCAGAAUUAUUGAUUGCAGAAUGGAGCAAUCGAAGAAUUCUGAAAAUUGCUUUGAAAGGUUCUAAUGCAGGUCAGACAACAACAUUUGCUGACAGAUUUCCAGGAGAACCUGAUAAUAUUCGUCCAAGUUCCACUGGUGGUUAUUGGGUAGCUCUAACAGCAGGCCGUAAUUCUUCAUCAUUGGCGCUGUGUGAUUAUUUAGCCGAGUACCCACUGGUUAGAAAAGUCAUAGCUAGGUUUUCUUUCUUUGCUGCUUCCUGCCUUAACUAUAUUCUUCAGUUUUGGCCUUCUCCUGUCUUGAAGGAUUUAGCUUUCAAGGCAGAGCAUUUUACCCUGAUUUUCCAACUUCUUCCAAAAUAUGGAAUGAUAAUGGAGUUGAAUUCUGAUGGAGAAAUUUUACGUAGUAUGCACUCCCCUGAUGGAAGUAUAUCAUAUCUUUCAGAAGUUUUGGAAUUCCAAGAUAACUUGUAUGUUGGAUCUUUUAUUAAUUCAUUCCUUGUAAAAAUGGCUGCUCUUUCUUCAUAACCUUCUGUUAUGUAUAGUAGGUAUGUAAGAGCAAAAAUACAUUGUUUUUCUUUGUACCACAUUUUGCUUUUUGUAGAAAAAAUGAUGCUCUGAAAAUCACCAAUACUUAAUCCCAUCAGAUGGUUUAACUCUUUCAGUACUGUUGGGUUAUAUUUGUCACUAUAUAGGGACAAGUGGACAAAUAUAACGUUGAAUGUGAGAUGAUCUUGGGUUACUUUCACCUCAGACUGUAUAUGUAAUUUUUUUUAUAAAUAGCUACUGGAACACACAUAUCCUGUAUGAAAGUUUCAAAAAUUAUGAGAGGGGAAAAUUUUUCAGAAAGCUUUCCUUAUGUAUCUUAGGUCAUUUAUAUGUACUUGUAUCAUUUCUAUUUUAAGAGUACAAAAGGUGGAUUGAAAGAAUUAACCAAUUGUUCUAUUUGUUUGUAAUUAGAAAGAAUGAACUAUGCAUUUUUCAAAAUAGAAUUGUGUAGUUUAAGUACAGUUGUUUCAGAGUAUUUCUACAUUACAGCUAUCAUGCCUGCAUAUCACCCAUACUGUUAAAUGUUUUGAGAAAAGUGAAAAAAUAUCAACUGCUAAGUUACACAAAGUUUGUUCCCAUCUUAUUUUAAAUUAAAAAAACAAAAAACUUUUAAGUAAGUCUCAAGUAGUUCCACUAGUGCUAAGUUGUUUUAAUAAUACAUGAGGUUACUCUUUAAAACAUUUAAAACUUUCCCCAUGAAGGAAAAUGUCCUGAAUUUAAAAUGUUCUGUUCUUUCAUAGUGUUUUAUUGAAAACGUUCAAUAAUUAAAAUGAAAAAUGUAUUAGAUUUAUUUUAGUAUAUAAAAUUUCAUUUUUACAUGAACAAAACCAACAGCUAUGACACACUUAUUCAAAAUGUUUUAUUUUCUGUGUAAAAAAGCAUUAAUUAGCUCAAGUUUGGCAAGAGAGUGGUGUCAUAUACUUGUUUUGCACACGUAGUACAAUAAUUGUAUAAGAAAAACUGAAUAGCA